AUGUUUAAUUUCUUCUAUUCAUUUCUCAUUUUAAUCAUCUCUAUAAAUCUGACUAUAACUAUUCAAUGUGAUUGUUUUUGUCGAAAUAAACCCAUUAAUAAAUUCUAUCCACGAUCAUGUAUAGAAUGUACAUUAGAUUUAUGUACAAAAAAUAAUACAAAAGGUUUUGCUGGUUGGUGUUUAUUUGGUAAACGAGCAAUUCAUUGUAGUGAAUAUAAUUCGAUUCCACCAAUUUCUAUUUUUUGA